AUGCGUGAGGCGAAGAUCACCGAGGAAGUGAAGGGUGCUGAGCGCCAGAAUCAAGAGAGAGAUAUAGGAUCCACUUAUUCCUAUAUAGCCUGUACUGUGUUCAAGAACUUUGGUAUCUUGGUUGAGAGCAUUACGAGUGAGGUGGUUGUACUGAGUUCGCUAGGACAAUCAGUAAGGGUAAAUAAGUUGUUUAGAGACGUUCCUUUAAAGGUUCAAGUGGCUAUUUUUCGGGCUGAUCUGAUAGAACUGCCUUUUGGAGAGUUUGACCUGAUACUGGGAAUGGACUGGUUGGUUAAGCACCGAGUGAGCUUGGAUUGUGCCACAAAAAGGGUUGUAUUGAGAACUGAGGAAGAUAGCACGGCCAAUGUGGUGGCCGACGCACUGAGCCAUAAGGUUAUGACUGAUUUGAGGGCUAUGUUUGCUCGCCUGAGUUUAUUUGAUGAUGGAAGUUUGCUAGCAGAGCUUCAGGUUAAGCCUACGUGGAUUGAGCAUAUUAAGGGUAAGCAGUUGAAAGACGAAUUGUUGGGUCUUCGUUUCUGA